AUGGUAAUGAUGGGUGGAAAAAGUAAAAAAUCUGGUGGUGGUAAUCCAGGAUCAAGUGAUAGAGUUAGAACUCACCUACUAUUUGGACAAAAAUCGGAGCAUCAUACAGUUAAAAGAAAAAGAAGAACACAUAAUCGAUUAAUGCAAAAUAUGCAUAAAAAAGAUGAAAUGGUUCAAGCAGGACCAGAUGAAAUAGAUCCAUCAUUAUGGACAGGAAAUCAAAGAGUUUUACAUUUUGGACCAAUGGCGCAAAGAGAUCCAUUUUUUUAUUAUUAUCCCAAAGGAUGGGAUGUAUUAUAUCCUGCACAAUUUGGUUUUUUUCCUUAUCGUACAAAUAAAUUUAGAGGUUCAUCAUAUGUUGUUUGUUUAUGGUCUUUUGGAAUUUUUUUUUUAAUAGGUUCAUUAAUAAUGAUAUAUUUGGGUUAUUUUGUUAUGCAUGAUUCACCAUUUUGGACAUGGCCACCAGAAAAAGUUCAAUUUUUUCCUCCUAUACAAAUAGCUGGUCCUAUACUAUUUGUAAUAAGUUGUUUAUUAAUAUUAAUAGGUUGUAUAGCAUCAUUAGUAACAUCAACAUUUUUAAAUGAAAAAUUUCGUCAUUAUUAUCAUAAAAAUCAACCAGCAAAUACGACUGUUUUAAUAAAACAUUUUCCACACCAUAAUGGUAUAUAUGAAAAAAAUCCCUAUCAACCAUUACCACCACCAGCUUAUCCUGUUCUUGAAAAUCGUUAUGCACGUUCAUCAUUCCUUAAUGCAAGAUCUGAAUUAAAAUUAUAUCCACCUGUAAUGCCAGGAUAUUCAACAUUAUUUUUACAUGGAAGACAAAAUACACCAUUUAUGGCAUCACCAUAUACAACAUUACGUGCAAUUUCAUUAACAAGAUUUGCUGUUGGAAGUGAUGAAACAAGUCAAAGUAAUACAUCAAAUAUUAGAACUCCAUUAGUAUCAAGAAAACGAUCUAAUUUAUCAAUUGAUUCUCAGAAAAGAUCAAAAAGUAUAGGUACUCCAUUUAGAGAUGCAUUUUCAGGAAGAAGAAAUAAAGAAAAAGAAAGUGGUCAAUUUUAA